AUGGCAAGUAAUCUAAAGUUGAAAAAUGUUGUGGUUGAUUCUAAUGAUAAUAAUAGUGAUUACGAAGAUGAAAAAGUUGCUAAAAAUUUAGACUUUUAUUUUUCUUUGGAAAAAUUGAACCUUGGUCCUAAAAAAAAACUUCUUGUCCUUAAUCUUGGUGGGCUACUAGUCGAUAGGGUGCAUCGCCGCAACGAAUCAACGGUGCGGAGAUACACCCCGGACCUUUCUCAUGGCAAUUUCCUAGUCUUCAAGAGACCUUAUUGUGAUCAAUUUAUGAAGUUUUGCCUUGAAAGAUUUGAAGUUGGACUAUGGUCCUCUGCUAUGGAUCGAAAUGUGGAACCAAUUUUAGACAACAUUAUGAUUGGACUUCGAAAAAAAUUGGUAUUUGUAUGGCCUAAUACUGGUGUUUUUCCUCCUGCUUACAAAGUUAAAAAUAAUAGAGACACAUUUCUAGAUGCUAAGGGUGAAAUGCAUGAGUUUUUGGAGGGACUAGUUGAUGCUGAUGAUGUUCCAACAUAUGUUAAAGGACAUCAAUUUGGACAACCUGCGAUAACAAAUACUCAUAAGGAUUGGGAUUAUUAUUCUAAGAUAAUUCGCGAUGUGGAAGAUCCUAGCUUUGGUUGUUCUGAUUAUGAAUCCCAUUACUCUUAUUAA